CUUUUUCAUCUUGAUCACAUCGACUAUACAAAAAUGCCAGAGGCAAUCGCAAACGGGUCCAAUGGACCGCACAUCGACAUAGAUGAUGCAGAUAUCGACUUUUCAGAUAUUGAAAACAAAUACGCCGUCAGAUUCGAUGAAGGUUUGGACGAUGUUGUAGUGAUUGAUAACGUUCCCGUGGUUGGAAAAGAACGUGAACAAAAAUUGCUUGAGACAAUUGUCAAGAGAUUCAAGAGUCAUGCCGGUAUCGACAUCGAAGUGGAAAACUUCCACGUUCCAUACGGAGACGACGGACAGACCAAAGGAUACAUCUUUUUGGAAUUGUCUAAUCCAGAAGAUGCAAACCAAGCUUUGCGUGCAAUGGACGGAUAUCCAUUCGACAAACGUCAUAGAUUCGCAGUAAACAGAUUCACAGAUGUCGAAAAACUUGCAAACAUGAGCGAAGAAUAUCAAGAGCCAGCAGAGGAAGAAUACAAAGAUCGCGAACACUUGCGUUCUUGGUUGACAGAUCACAACGGACGUGAUCAAGUGGUCAUGUGUCGUGCCGAUGAUGUCUCUGUUGCAUGGCAUAACAGGACAGCAAACCCUGAGCCAGUGCACACUCGUGAAAGAUGGACAGAAUCCUACGUUCAAUGGACACCACAAGGAACAUUCUUGGCAACAUUACACAGACAAGGUGUUGCUCUUUGGGGCGGACCAUCUUUUGAAAGAUUUAUGCGUUACUCUCACCCGAACGUUCGCUUGGUUGACUUCUCACCUAAUGAGAAGUACAUGGUCACAUGGGCUCCUGACCCAAUCGUUGUUCCAGACAAUGCACCUACAGGACCACAAUUCUUUGGACCUGAAGAUGAAGGAAAUCGUGUUGCUGUUUGGGAAGUAAGAACGGGUCACCUAUUGCGUACAUUCCCAGUUGUUCAAGAGAACGAGCAAGGUGUGGUCAAGGGCUUCUCAUGGCCAAUGCUAAAAUGGAGUGGUGAUGACAAAUACUGUGCUCGAGUGAACCCAGGUAAGAGCGUCAGUGUAUAUGAAUUGCCUAGUAUGAGCAUGUUGGACAAGAACAGUAUCAAGAUCGAAGGUGUGGUUGACUUUGAAUGGUGCCCUCUUGGAGAUAAGGAUCGCGAUCUGAUAGAAGCAUGGGGCGAUGGUAGUAACCCACCAAAGGGAGCAAAGAAGCCACGUGAGAACAUGAUUGCUUUCUGGGUUCCCGAAGUUGCCAACCAGCCUGCUCGUGCUACUGUGAUGAGCAUCCCUAGUCGUGAAAUCGCUAGAAGCAAGAACCUAUUCAACGUUUCCGACUGUAAACUACACUGGCACCCUCAAGGAGACUACUUGUGUGUCAAGGUCGACAGACAUACCAAGACCAAGAAGAGCUUGUUCUGCAACUUUGAAUUGUUCAGAAUGCGCGAGAAGGAUUACCCAGUCGAAGUUGUCGAACUCAAAGACCCCGUCACAGCAUUUGCAUGGGAGCCAAAUGGAAGCCACUUCGUUGUCUUGUCCACAAAUGACCCUAACUUUGGCAAUGCACCCCCAGGUGUGACCAUCAAGACCCAACUCAAUUUCUUCCACUUGGAUGCAAAGAAGGGCGAUUUCCGUCUUGCCAAGGCUAUUGACAACAAGACUGCCAACACUGUCUUCUGGUCACCCCGUGGAAGACAUGUUGUUGUUGCAACGAUGGGAUCAUCACAAAAGUGCGAUUUGGAGUGGUACGACGUUGACUUCAGCCACGAGAUUCGUCAAGGUAGUAUCUCUGAGAACCCCGCAGAUGACAUCAAACAGAUUGGAGCAGGAGAACAUUACGGUAUCACAGAUCUAGAAUGGGAUCCAUCCGGUCGUUUCGUUGCCACCAGUGCAAGUGUUUGGAGACACUCCCUUGAAAAUGGUUAUGCAAUCUGGGACUUCAAGGGUACCGAGCUGCAAAAGGUGGUUGUUGACAGAUUCAAGCAAAUUCUAUGGCGUCCAAGACCACGAACAUUGCUGACUAAGGAUGACCAAAAGCGUGUUCGUCGUAACUUACGUGAAGUUGGAAGAGCGUUCGACGAAGAAGAUUUGGCAUUGGAAUCUCAAUUGGCUUUACAACACAAAGAAGUAUACAUGCGUGCAUUGGAAGAAUGGCGUGCAUGGCGUCAAAGAUGCAAGGCAGAUUUGGAAGAAGAAAGAAUUGCACUUGGAAAAGAAGAGAUAGUUGCGCCUCACGUUCUGGAAGCAGAAGCGACCGAAACGAUCGAAGAGUGGCAAGAGACAAUCUUGGAAGAGACAGAAGAGAUCUUGGAUUAAAAGUGUUUGGCUUGAGUGUGCCACUAUGUAUCAAUUUGUCCCCUUUCCACCUAAAAUUAUCAUGUGCUUUAUCACAGACUUGACGAGUAGACCGGCUGAGUGAAAGAGGGUUGUCGGAGUAGACCUUGACUGGCGAAUGUGUCAUCAACUUAACGGAGAAUGAAUCCCAUAAUCCGACAAAUGGACCUUAGCGGCCACGUUUCAUGGGCGUAAAAUAAAAAGAAGGAGGAAGUGGCGGACCGUCGAGUGAGUGGGGGGUGGGGUCAUUUGGAGGAUGGUAAAGCCGGUAGAAGCCGACGAUUAUUUUGGAGAGGAGGGGAACCUUUUUCUUAACAAGCAAACGA